CAUGAAAAAUUCCUGAUACGGUAGGUAAUAGUUCCUGAUAGUAGAGCAUAAUAGACUAACAGCAAUAUGGUUAGAAUAAAACAUAGAUACAUAUUAUUUGAAGUAUUAUAUCCUCCUACUAAAUCAGGAGAGGAUAGUGAGACAUUUUCAAAUUCUCAAGUUGAUGCAUUAUUGACUUUACAUCAAUCAUCUCCUAGUACAAUUAAUGGUAAACUUAUAGUUUCUAUACUAAGGAAAUCUAUUCAAACUUAUUAUGGAGAUCAAGGAGCUGGUACCGCUGCUGUUCUGACGAUUGUUAAAUAUUGGAGUAAUAAAACUUCUACUGGUAUAAUACGAUGUGAUAGACUGGCAGUUCAAAUGGUAGUUGGAGCAUUAACAUUAAUUGAUAAAUUAGAUAAUCAAAAUAUAAUUAUACGAUGUACUCAUAUUAGUGGAACUAUACAUAAAUGUGAAGAAUAUUCUAUUAGAAAAUCAAAGGAAUUAAUUCGACUUAUUAAUAAACAAACAUCUAAACAAAAAAAUGUAUCUAAUUUCUUACAAUCAUUACAAGAAGGUACUAAUAUAAAUGUUAGUGAUAAAGAUGAUGAUGAUGAUGAUAUACAAGGAGAUGAUGAAUAAUUAAGUAUACAUUAAACAAUAAAACAAAUCUAAUUAGCAUAAUCUAAAAUGGUGUUAUAAAACUUAUCAGCAAAAAUAUCAAUUGCUUUCUUUUCAUCAUGGUAUAUUUCAUCAUAUUCUGCUGCAUAAG